AGAAAAAUGUUACCCGCUACUUGGCGUCGCGGUUGUGGCCACUAAUUCCACUGCGAAAACAAAAAGACGGCAGAUAUCACUGAGCCGGACAUUUUUAUAGACUGGAAAGGGUUGUGUAGGCCAUGAUCUGAAGCGUUCAAGUCUGCAUUUUCUCUCUGGAUGUGGACUUGCCUUCAGACGUGCUGCACUCGCACUCAUCGAUCAUGUCUCAAUCUGAAUCUUGUACAAAAGUGUGGGACUGGUUAUGUGUACUACGUUUGGAGCAGUAUUCUGAGGCCUUUUGGAGCGCUGGUCUGACAACAUUAAAGCAAUGUCGCAACCUUACACCAGAUCAGCUAGAGCAGAUGGGCAUCACCUUGCCAGGGCACCAGAGACGCAUCUUGGCUAGCUUGAACAAAACGCAUGGUAAUCGCGACACGCACUUCCACCCCUUACAGCCUGAGAAAGAUCAGAGAUCAGAGGAAACAGGACCCACUAAUGUUUUGCAGACAGAGAGACCUGUGCCUGUUCCAGGGGAAGAAAAACCUGUCCUUAAGAAAAGGGAGAAAAGAGAUGGAGAGACAUCGAGACCUAUACCCAGAGAUAGAGAGAAGCCAGUUCCUAAGGAGAGAGUAUCAAAGAUGAAAGAGGAAAAUGGUGGAGGAGAGAAGAAGCCAGUUCCUGAACAAAGACAAAGAGCACCCAGACAAAAAAAAGCAGAAGAGGGGGAUGGAGGAACAGACGGAGAGAGGGAGAAGCCUGUGGCUAAAGAGAGGACUAAGUUUCGCGCUAAUGCUCCGGUGGACUCUCCCCCCGUCCUCCAUGUUUCUCCAACUUAUGACACCUCUUUACCCCCUGUCCCCCCACGAAGCACCCCCAACUGCCCUCCACAGCGCUUUACCUCUCCCCUGUGCCCCUCACCUCCUGCUCGAACCCUUGGCUCCCCUAAACUAGACGGACAUGCAGUUAAAGCCCCAGAGGUUCAGAUUGUGUCCCAGAGUUCAACCGCCACCAGCACCCUUACCAACACCUCCACACGGGCUCGGCCACAGACAUUAGCUAUUCAGCCUUCUGCCCAAUAUUUGGUUAGUCAUGGAGGAAGAACAGAUUCACCCGUCUCCCCCAUUGCUUCCCUCAGCGAUGACAGAAAUGUUCCACCUCUCCCUCCAAAAGUAGGGGGAGGCCCUAAAGGCCCUCCACCACUCCCACAGAGAUUUCCUGCACAGUCCCCCAGAACUCACAGCCCCUCUCCCACCAAGACAGUCGCUGAUGAGACACAGAAAGACGAAACCCUACACGUCCCACCUCGCAUCAGGACACCACAAACCCAAGAAGACGCACAACAGUUGACUCACCCUGCCAAUCAGCCAGCUGUUCCUCCCAGGAGGGUCUCCCAACGUCCCGGUGAGAUCAGGUUGGGUUCACUUGAGGAUAAUUCUGAUGAAUAUGAGGAUCCAGACUUAUUUAAACCCACUGUUCAUCGCAUGAACACAGCAGACAAGGGUAUGUCCCUGCAAGUGCCUGGUCAGCCAAAGGCACGGUACAAUUCUUUGUACAGUGAUGAUGAGAUGUUGGAUGAUGAAGAUUCUACCCCGUGGCAGAAUGGGGAACUGAGCAGCUUGCAAGGCAGUGUCUACCUGCCAAAAACUGGCAAACUGGCUACAGCCGCUAAAGAAGACAGCUCUCAGCUCUCUGCUGUCAUCAGGAUGGGCUGGCUGGACAAGAAUCCACCUCAGGGGGCCCUUUAUUACCAGAGACGAUGGGUAAAGCUGGAUGUUGACUACCUGAGAUACUUUGACAAUGACAAGGAAGUAUAUUCCAAGGGGAUCAUCUCAACAGCCUUCAUCACUGAUGUGAACAGAGUGGGAGAGCUCAAGUUCGAGGUCGCCACGAGCAACCGAACAUUUAUCUUCAGGGCUGAAAGUGAAGUUGAGAGAGACCUCUGGAUGGAUGCACUGGAAGGGUGCACUGGAGGGCGCCAUCAGCGCUACACCAUGAACUCUGGUUUAACUUUGGCACCGGACCAUCAGGGCUACUUGGAGCUCAAAGGCUUACGCUCCAAACUUUAUACUGUUGUCGCCUCAGAUAAGGUCUUCCUCUACAAAAACAUAGAUGACUAUCGUAUUGGAGUAGGCAUCACAUCCAUUGACAUGAAUGUAGGAAAUGUUAAAGACUCAGAUCGUCGGAGCUUUGAUCUCACCACACCCUAUCGCAUAUUCAGUUUCAUAGCUGAAUCAGAGCAGCUGAAAGAGCAGUGGGUGGACGCCAUGCGGAAUGCCAUAGAUGAGGCUUUGUCCAACAGUGAAGUGGCGGACCGUAUCUGGGCGGAGCCUAGCAACAGUUUCUGUGCCGACUGUGGGGCUCCCAAGCCAGAAUGGGCAGCCAUCAACUUGUGUGUGGUGGUCUGCAAGCGAUGUGCAGGAGAGCACAGAGGACUGGGUCCUAGCAUCUCAAAGGUUCGUAGUCUUAAGAUGGACAGGAAGGUCUGGACAGAGGAGCUUAUGCAGUUGUUCCUGUUGUUGGGCAACGAGCGAGUCAACAGUUUCUGGGCAGCUAAUGUCCCGCCAAGUGAGGCUUUGACACCCUCUAGCUGCAGUGAAGACAGACGCCGCUUCAUCACCAACAAAUACCGCCAGGGAAAAUACAGAAAGUACCACCCUUUGUACGGAAACCAGAAAGAGCUCAACAGUGCUCUGUGUAUAAAUGUGCAGUGCAGUGAUGUACUAGAGACAUUAAGCCUGAUCUUCUGCGGUGCAGAUGUAAAUUGUUCAACUGGUAUGGCAAGUUGGCCCUCAGCUCUCUCCCUGGCCAAUGCACACUCACAACCCUUACAGGCUGAGUUAAUUAGCCACAAUCUCAACACAGAGCUGCCCUCAGACUUGGACGGGGCCAUGGAGACGAAACAUUACUUACCAUCACCUUGUGUGUCUCACAAUGGCUUCCUGUUCAAAACUGCAUCCAUGGCUCGGGCUAUCACAGAGCGCAAGGCCAGAGAGGAAUUCAGUCGUCGCUGGUGCAUGCUGAAUGAUGGUACCUUCAGCUACUACGAGAGCGACAAGAACUCAAACCCUAAUGGAACUCUGAAGGCUUCAGAGAUUGUCUGUUUGGCUGUCGACCCACCUGAAAAACAUGGGUAUGACAAUACCUUUGAACUUUACUCUGAGUCAGAGCGCCUCUAUCUAUUUGGCACCGAUGAUCCAGACAGCCACAAAGAAUGGGUCAAGUCUAUUGCCAAGAGCUUUAUCCCAGCCUCUGCAGAGCCUUUACUGAGGCUGGGUUUUGAGCGGAUUGGACGACUGAAGUGUAAAGACGGCUUGAACCUUCAAACAUCCAAGGUCGGUUGGUUUGCUCUGGUGGGCUCCACACUCCACGCCUACCUGGAGAACAACCAGGGGGAAGAGAUCCACCUCCGCAAACUGAAUGAGCUCUCCAUCCAACAAGACAAUGAAGUGCUGGUUCUGGUGGAGAGAGGCAGAACUCUGUACAUAGAGGGAGAGAGGAAGCUGGAUUUUGCCGGCUGGUGUGGGGCCAUCCAGACGGCAGCAGGGAGUGGAGGAGACACACUGAGCCAGCAGCAGCUCACAGAGACAGACAUACCUGUCAUCGUUCACAGCUGCAUCGGCUAUAUCACCCAGUGCGGCUUGACAUCUGAGGGGAUCUAUCGUAAAAGCGGUGUGAACUCGCGUGUGGCAGGACUGUGUGAGAGAUUUCGGCAAGAUGCCCGCAGCGUUCGUCUGAGGGAAGGAGAGCACCAGGUGGAUGACGUCUCCAACACACUCAAGCGCUUCUUCAGGGAGCUAGAAGAAGGACUGUUCACGUUAGAGGAUGCCAGAGCCUGGCUCAGUAUAGCUGCCAUUCAGGAUGAAAGUAUGAAAAUCUCCCAGUACCAACUGCUGUUGAACAGGCUGCCUCGUGUCAACAAGGCUACACUACAAGCCCUUAUCAACCACCUCUAUUGCGUGCAGCGUUUUUCUGAGCUGAACCAGAUGAACCUCCAUAACCUGGCCAUAGUGUUCGGUCCCACACUGUUCCAGACGGACGGGAAGGACUACACUGCUGGCCGCGCCAUUGAGGACCUCAUACAGCACUACACACUCAUCUUUGAGGUGGAUGAGCAACAGCUAAAGAAGCAGCUGGAAGAGAUCACUGUUAUCAUCCAAGUGCGAGAGAAACUCAACACAAAGUUUCCUAGUACUGAACCUGGAGGGCAUUUCAUCUGCACAGUGUAUCUGGAGGAAAAGAAGGACACAGCAGAGCAACAUGUUAAGAUUCCUGGUUCUAUGACAGCAGCAGAGCUGACAUGUGAGGUCCUUGACAGGCGCAAUAUUGCAGUUAAAGACAAAGAGUAUUGGAGCUGCUGGGAGGUCAGCGACAAAGAGGAAAUGGAACGUCCGCUGCACUAUCAGGAGCGAGUCUUACCCAUCCUUCACUCCUUUGGCACUGACUCCCAUCUGCUCAUUAAGAAGCACCUCGCUAUGGAGGCGAUGAUCGUCUACCUGACUAGUAAAGUGGAUGUAUCCAAACACGGCAUGAUGAAGUUUAGAGAGGAGCGCAGCAUCCUGGGAUUGGGACUGUCCUCUGGAAGUUUCCACGACCGAUAUUUCAUCCUCAAUUCCAACUCGCUCAGGAUGUACAAGGAAGUCAGAAGUAACCGUCCAGAACGUGAUUGGCCAGUGAAAAAUCUAAGGGUUUACUUAGGUAUCAAGAAGAAACUCCGCCCUCCCACAUGUUGGGGACUGACAGUGGUGUAUGAGAGCAAGAAACAAGAGAGGCAAGAGAGACAGCAAUGGUAUCUCUGCUGUGACACCCAGUCAGAAAUGAGGGAGUGGUACGCUACUUUUCUCAGUAUCCAGUACGACGGCAACGUGUGGCCUCAGGACGGACUCCAGCAGACACGGGUGAGCCGUGUUUUGCCGGAUACGCGUCACGGUAACGUGUCACUGAUACCACUGCGUGGCAGUGAGAAUGAGAUGCGGAACAGCGUAGCAGCUUUCAGCCAAGACCCGCUUGCUCUCUUUAGGGAUGUUCGAUAAUGGUCGGUGCAAGCAAGGGCAGAUGGUCGACUUCAUGAGAUGAUCUCUGAACAUCCCAAUCACAUCAUCAUUCUGUGACUGUACGGAUCAGAGUGACGGACACUUAUACUGUAUCUGGAUUAUGGCCUUACACUGCAGUCUUCUCCACUGCAUAUGAACUGGAACAAAAAACUAUACGGACAACUGGAUCACAUGUAAAAUACAAGCUACACUGGUUUCCAGGCACAAAAGAGUAGUACUUGAUGUACAGCAGAUGCAGCUGGGAGCUGUGGCAUUAAAAUGAAAGAGAGACAGUUUGAUAGACCACAAUCACCCUGAAGAUUUCCUGAAUCACUUCCAGUUCAUCGUGGAGCAAAUCUGCGUUCAGUGUUGCACCAAUGUUGCACUGUUUCCAUUGGUCAGUGGCACGUGACUCAGUCACUGCUUUGUAAUAUAGGACAGAAGCAUGAAAGACAUACUGAGCAAAAACCUUAGUCAGGUUUUUUUUCUAGGCACUAGCAUUGAGUGCUUAACAAAUGUUUUUUUUUGUUUAUUGACAUGCAGUUGUAGCUGAAUCAGAUUUCUUAUUUUGUGAGGUUUUUAGCUCUUUUUGCUCAAUGAAUUGUUUGGAUAAUCCUGCAAUUCAUAAUUUAAUAAUUGCUAUUGUAAGCAAAGUCAGUAUCAUAUAAGACACCAGUGGAGUCUGAUCCAGGGGGACCACGAGUGGUAGUGAGAGAAAGCUGAGAAAAUGACAGGUGAUGGACCACUGUCUGUUACACUGCAGGGCAUUUGCCAGAACUGUGCUAAACCUCAGUCAGAGUCGCAUAUGUAUGUGUGUAUGACAUUGUGUCUUUUUGGGAGUGAAGGAAGGAGCAGCUUGUGCUGAAAAACAAAAAACAACAACAACAACAAAAAAAAAAAAAAACAUGAUUUUUUUAUUUAA